UGUGAAAGGACUUAACAAGGGAUCUUUAAAUCAGCACAAAACGCCUGGAAAACCAAAACAUUUGGGGAAUUGAUUGUAUCAGAAAUACUUACUUGGACGGACAGGAGGAAUUAACAGAGGCCCUUUUCUAUUUUGAAAUUGUUCUUCACGCUUUGCUAUCAUCAUGGACUCCUCUCCAGUCCUUCGUCAGCAAAGUCAGAACAAAAUCCACAGUGACUUUCUGAGAAUGAAGAAUGAACAUAACAAAAUGCCAGCACACUCCAAGCCUACGAAACCCCUCUCUGAACCUCACCUUCUCAAGCAGGAUGUGGAGAACAAGCAUCCAGGAAACUCAGACGUGGGCAGGAAGGCACCUGUGCGACCAGGUGUAAGUAGGCUUCCAGUGCUCGCAAAGUCCCUUCGUCUUCAGACUCCCUCCGACUUCAGUCAGUCUCACUGUAGGUGGGAGGAGAAACCUCUGGCUGGCAAAGCUAGGAAUAAAAAGCCAUGCACCCGGCAUGUACCUUUCAACCUGUCGCAGUCAAAGAGCUCAAGAGUGGCCACUGAAAAUCAACAGCCCCUAAUUGUUUCACAAUCGAGGACUGGCACUUGCGCUGUCCAACCUGAUAACAAUGUACGCAACACUCGUCUAAAAACCCAAAACAUUAACGCAAAGCCGACUACACGUGCUGCUACGUUAAACAGUAAUAUGGACUCAACAAAAGCUUCAGGGCGGUUCAACGGAAAGGCUACGGAAGAGACAACCCAGCUGUCAGGACAGUCUGGGCCUUCCAACAAGUUUAAGACUUCAGGCACUUUGUCCCAUCCCCUGUCAUCCAUUCAUAACAACACUACGCAUCAAAACAGGGCUGCCACUUCUGCACAGGCUGCUUUUAAUGCAGAAGCCUGUUUGGAUAACAUGAACCUGCUCAGUCUCAAAGAUCCAAGCAAGACAUCCCAUACUAGCCAAGACAUGCCGCUGACUGCUCAGGGCAAUUUUUCCAAAGGUUCAACAGACAAAGAGGACGACUUUCAGACUGACCAUGCGGCAUUGCACAGUAUCCUCCAGAAUGAGGUAAAUGCCACAGGUCUGGGAUCUGCGACUCCACAGUCCAAACCCUAUAACUAUCUGCCCCAGCGAGUGUCUGUCAUGAAGAGUCGACAAAAAGCUGGACCCGCUAGAGGAUCAGUGAAGCAGGUGCAGUUCACCCCCGACUCCGCUGCACUGCAAAGUAUCCUGCAGAACGAGGGGGUGAAGGUCGGAGGGCCUGCGGGUGCCACGCCCCAAAUCUCUGUCCGUCCGUCAGGCAGAGGCACUUCAAUCUACACACCUCAGAGAGUCCCGGUUAAAAAGAAUCGUGCAGAGGCGACCGGAAGACCAGCAGCAGUAGCAGUCAAAGAGACUCCGCUGAAGGAAUGGACUCCACAGAGAGUCCGUGACACCAGGCAUCAGCCCAUGUCUGCUAUGAAAUGGCAUCAGUCGUCACCAUACGGCAGCACCCGGGGGCUGCGGCACUGCAAAACCAACCUUCAGCCGCGCCAGGAGGAGGUCAUCCAGAGAUUAUUUGAUGAUCAAGAGGACGAGCAGAGCACGAAUGUGACAGAUGGAGAUCCUGAGACACAAGCAGAGCAGCUCCCAGUUCAAGCCACAACUCCUAAAUCCCACUGCGAAGAAAAGGUAGAGACGAGCAGGGCCAACAGCAACGAGGAUGAGGAGCAGAGGAUUCUGGGAGGACAACCUUUCCUCCAAGAACCGCAAAGAGAAUCUGUCAUUUUUUUCUCAACGGGCAAAAGCCUGCUGAGAGUCGCACGCUUUGAGCAGCAGGAGAGCUCAUCUCAUUAUGAGCAGCAUGGCCUGGCUUUGUCUGAACAGAGAAAGGCGCUGCCAGCACAUGAAGAGACGUCAUCUGCGUCAGAACCAACCCGUCAGAUCAACCCUUCUGUUCAGAGUCUGCACAGAGACCUCCAUGUUCAAAAGACUUGUUCUGUGGCGAUGCUGCGUAAGCAUCUUCCUGCUCUGCAGGAGCUGCGCAUGGAUGAGGAGGUGGCCACCUACACCUCUGUGUCUGACUCGGCUGCACCCAGUAUUCUCCCCCCACGGCCACGCUGUGGAAACCCACUGGCCUCCACCCUGCUCUUUGAAGAGUCCUCUAGAUUUGUUCCAAUUGGCUGCGGUCUCUCGUCUGACCCCUCUUCUCCAUGGAGCUCCCCACUGCAGGAGAGAUGACUUACACUACAAGUUUAUUAUUUGUUUGUUUUCUGUGUGGUUGUUUACUGUGAAUAUCCAGAAUGGAUAAGCUUAGUCUAGUGUACUGAUGAGACUUUUUUUUAAAUGCAACUGUUCAAUAAAGCCAGCCUUAAAACAGGUCAAAAAAAUGCUGCUAGUAUAGUGUUUUAGAAACCCAUCAGCCUUUUCUGUCUUAAUAAAUGUUUACGAUGCUUUCUAAAGAUAAAUAAAUGCUAUUUCUGUUAAAUAAUGCAUCUUUUAUGUUGCAGGCACUCUGGACUUGAUCAGUGUAGUAUACAUAUAGAUUAGGAUGGCUCAAAGCAUUGUUAUUAGUACUUUUUUAACAAGCCAGACUCUUCUUGUGUGGAUUGAUUUAAUGUUCUUGAUGUACAGUGUUUAUAAUAAAUUUCUAUUUGUUACUGCCUGGA